AUCAUAUGAAUGCUGUUGAAUUAGCCAUAGUGCUAUCCUUCUAGAUUUUUGUCGACUGUAUCGCAUAGCAAUUGAUGGUAUUUGAGUCGUGAACGUGCCGCGCCAAUUUUUUAGCCACGUCAGACCUGAAACAAACAUGCGCAAUACGGCCACAAACUCCCAAAUUCGCCUUUGUUGCCAACCCAGCUUGCUCCUCGGAAAGUAAGCACAUCAAAGACGUCGCGUCAAUAUUGCUUCCCGCCGUCCAUUCUUCCCCAAGAUGGAGAACCUGAUUGAGGUGAUUAACCAGCUCCACGAUGUCUUUCUGAGCGUCGGUUUCCACGUCGAAGUCGACUUGCCGCAAAUCGCUGUCAUCGGGGGCCAAUCGGUGGGCAAAAGCAGCGUGCUGGAAAGUAUUGUCGGCCGGGAUUUCUUGCCGCGGGGACAGGGGAUCGUUACGAGACGGCCACUGAUUCUGCAGUUGCACAACAACCGACGGUCUGGUGGGAACACAAACAACAACAGCACUUCCUCUAGUUCAACGAACUCCGGCACAUCGAGCAGCAGCAAGGAUCAUGGUAGUGCGAAUUCCCGGUCGUCUUCGAACAAGACCACCGACGGUAUUUUGGUCGACCACGUUUCUUCGCGCGGGAAUAGUACACACAAUUCCUCCUCUUCCUCCAGUUCGUCGAGCAGGAGCAAGCAUGGCGCGGCGUCUUCUAUGCCGGAGGAGUACGGGAUUUUCAGCCACGCGCCGGACCAGGUGUUUGAGGAUUUUAACCAAAUCCGGCGAGAGAUCGAGCGCGAAACCGACCGUAUCAGCGGGAAAAACAAGGGCGUGUCGGCGCAGCCCAUCCAGUUGAAGAUUUUCAGCCCGCACGUGAUCGAUCUGACGCUUGUGGAUCUGCCGGGCACGACCAAGGUUCCCGUGGGGGAGCAGCCCGCGGACAUCGAAACGCGAAUACGGGAGCUGAUUCUGAACUACAUCCGAAAGCCCAACUGCAUCGUGCUAGCCGUGCACGCAGCGAACACGGACCUGGCGAAUUCGGACGCGUUGGCGCUGGCCAGAGAAGUGGACCCUGACGGUGAGCGGACCGUCGGCGUUGUGACCAAGUGCGAUCUGAUGGACGAGGGAACCGACGCCAUCGACAUGUUGGAGGGACGAAUCGUCCCGUUGCGACAAGGGUACGUCGGCGUCAGAUGCCGAAACGCAAAGGACACAACGAAUAACGCAAAGAGCAUAAAGGUAUAGCAAGAGUAUGUACAUGUGUUCUACUAUUACGGAAGAUCGCCUCGUCCUCCAUUUCCCUUUGACAAAGAUUCUGGUACUAGGUCUGGUUUGCAUUGCACAGCAAAGUAAGAAAUGGACUCGUCCAACUAUACAGGAAGCGCUCAGCGAGGAAGCAACGUUUUUCCGGCAACACCCGUCCUACCGCAACAUGAACCACCGCUGUGGUGUCCCCUACCUCUCGAAACUCCUGAAUCGCCGCCUCAUGUACCACAUCCGGGACACGAUCCCGGACCUGAAGACGCGGCUGAUGCGGAGCAUUCACGAAACUGAAGCUGAACUCCAGUCCUACGGCGAUCCGCUGUUUGAGAAGGACGGAAGCUCGCAGGGCGCGUUGUUGCUGCACCUGUUUUCAAAGUUCACAAGGAACUUCUGCGACAGGUACCAGGAUUGGUUGACGUCGAUUGAGCAGUGUCUGUUUUAGCGUUUGCCUUAGUUGUGUUCGGGUCCGGUCAGGUUCUUUCUCCGAAAGUGCAAAUUGAUUUGCAAUCUCGCUCUAAAACAGCAUUGACGGGAAGCGGCUGAAGAACGGCGACCAGCUUGCGGGUGGAGCGCGACUGCAUCACAUUUUCCACGAAAUCUUUGCCGGCACCAUACAAGAUUUCGAUUGCUUCCAUGGUCUGAGCGACGGCGAAAUCCGCACGGCGAUCCGCAACGCUACCGGCCCAAAAGCAGUGCUCUUCGUCCCGGAAGCAGCGUUUGAGCUCUUGGUAACAAGAAUGAAGCAAACUCAUGCGGAUGAGAUCCAUUCUAAUCCUAUUCCUUGUGACAUGUUGAGUAGGUAGUUUUGUCUCAUUUCAUCGGUGCGGGAAGUAGAUGCAUGCAUAAACACUCCAGGUGAAGAAGCAGAUCGAAAAGCUGGAAGAGCCGUGCCUGCAGUGCAUCGACCACGUCUUCGAGGAGCUGCAGCGCAUCGUGGUCGAGUGCGAAGUGCCCGAAAUGCGCCGUUUUGUGAAUCUCCGCGAUUCCAUUUUCGAAGUGGUGCGGGGGGUGCUCAAGAAGUGCCUGCAGCCGACGAACCAGAUGAUUAUCAACCUGGUUCAAAUCGAGUUGGCCUACAUCAACACCAACCACCCGGAUUUCAUCGGCGGCAGCAACGCAAUACAAACUUCACUCGGCCACGGGUACGCAAAUUCAACACCAAGCAGCGGGCCUGUGGGUGGAGCACACGGCGGAACGUAUCCACCACCACCGCCGCGGGAACCGACGGUAAUUUGUGUUUGUUGUUCAGGAAAAUAUAAAUUUCGAAGCUCAGAGCAGACUGAAUCGAAAAGCAAGUUGUGCAUGGAUGCACUCAUAAAACGACGUCGGUUGUUAAAAUGAAAUUUCUCUCAAAUAACGACAGGCUGCCGCCGGCGGUGCCAUUCGCGAUCUCGCGUCUGGCGGUCAUGCUGCAGCGCACUACCGCGAGCACGGCUUGUCCACGCCCGUUUUGGAAAAGGAGCCGGAAUCCGGUGGGUUUUUCAGCUUCCUCAAGGGCUCCUCCGCGACGUCUACGACGGCAGCCAGGGUAGCAAGGGAGCACCAAUUUUCCGCCACCCCCGGCGGAACCAUGAACGGCGCGCUGGACCUCGUCGCGUCGUCUGCCCGAGGAAACGCCUGCCUCUCCAGCCACAACCAGAGCAACCCGGUGCACCAUUUGGGUGAGCUCGGCGGGAGCAGCAGCAUUCGCCUGCCGCAGAUGCCCUGCACGGUCUACCCUUCGGACGAUUUGUCUGACCGGGAGCGGGUUGAGAUCAACAUCAUCAAGACGCUGAUUGCGAGCUACUACGGAAUCGUGAAAAAGAAUAUCGUGGACGCAGUGCCGAAGUCGGUCAUGUACUUCAUGGUCAACACGGCGAAGGACGUGCUGCAGCGUGAAUGCGUCGCGCAGCUCUACAAGCCCGAGCUGUUUCAGCAUCUACUGUUAGAAGCGAAUGACAUCAAGGAGCGACGGAUCCGGGGGAAGGAAAACCUGAAGACCUUGCGGCACGCGGUGGAGAUCUUGAAUCAGGUCAGAGAUUUUCACGUCAGCUGAGAGCAAAUCGAAGGUGGCGGCGUGCCGAACUAGAAUUAUUUCAUCGGCGACACAGAAUUAAGUUCUUGCACGAAAUGAAAGAAUGCAUGCAAACUGCUUUCGCGCGAUUGCGAUGACUAGUCUCC